AUAACUGCACUUUUACUACCUGAAAAUUAAACAGUUACAAAACAAUACCAAAUCACUAAUUUCGAACGUAAUGGUGCAAUUUUGCUUAAAGCCAUUCAGUUUGACAUUUAGAAGUGCCGGAAUGGUUUGUGAUUGGCGGUGAAUGUUCUACACGGGAUCACUAUUGGCGUAGACGAGGGCCGCGCGGGGGUGCGGGGAGCGAGGCGCCAUUACGAACAAUGGCCGUCCGAAUGGUCGUUAGCAAAUAGCUUUUAUCUCUUUCUAAUAUAAGCUACGCAGGUUGGAAUUAAUGAGACGGAGAGGGUUCCGGCGCGACCGCCGCAAAUGCGUCCGUCCCGCUCGCACGCGCCGCCUCAACGGCGCGCGGCAGCGGCAACGCUCGCCACGACGCGACGGGGAAUUCGGAGUCGUAGAGCCUCAUACGCGGGUCAUAAACGAUUCGCGGCCAUAGUAGUGCACGCGCGAGAAUCGAUCCGAAUCGCCCGGCGAUAAACGCAUCUCCCGCGAGGCGAUCGUCGCGCGCCGCGUCGCCGAGCGAUGAGUUCCAAGUUCAUCAUCGAUAGCAUGCUCCCGAAGUACCACCAGCAGUUCCACCACCAGAACUUAUUCGCGGGUGCUGGGGCCUCGCCGAUCGAGGCGUCGCUGUCGUCGUCGCUGUCGUCGUCGUUGUCGACGUCGUUGAGCUCGUCGCUAUCGGGAGGCCUGGGGGCGGCGGCGCUGGGGGCCGGCUCGCCGGGCAACGGGAGUCCGCAGCGCUCGUCGAGCUCAUCCUCGGCCUCGCCAGGGGCGCCGGCGAGGAUGUAUCCAUACGUGUCACACCACCAGCAGUUCGGGGGCUCGGUGCCGUUUUCGGCCGGAGGAGGAUUGUCAGCGGACGACAAGAGCUGCCGGUACCCGACGGCGGUGGGCGCGGACCCGAUGUACGCGCUGGGCCAGCACAAUGGCGGGGCGGCUGUGUCGGCGGCGUCGGCGAGCAUGGCGGCGGCGGCGCAGUUCUACCACCAGGCCGCGGCGUCGGCGGCGUCGGCCGCGUCGGCGGCGUCCGUGGACGCCAUGGGCGCCGCCUGCUCACAGCCCUCGGCUCAGCCACUCCCCGACAUUCCGCGGUACCCCUGGAUGUCCAUCACCGAUUUUCCAUUUCCAGAUUGGAUGAGCCCCUUCGACCGCGUGGUCUGCGGUGAGUUCAAUGGGCCAAACGGUUGUCCACGACGGCGGGGCCGACAGACCUACACGAGGUUCCAAACGUUAGAGCUAGAAAAGGAAUUCCACUUCAACCACUACCUGACGCGCCGGCGCAGGAUAGAGAUCGCGCACGCGCUCUGCCUCACAGAGCGGCAGAUCAAGAUCUGGUUCCAGAACCGACGCAUGAAGCUAAAGAAAGAGCUCCGCGCAGUUAAGGAGAUCAACGAGCAGGCGCGCCGCGAGCGUGAGGAGCAGGAUCGCAUGAAGCAACAGCAGCAAGAGAAGCAGGCCAAGCUCGAGCACCACGGACACCACGUCACGCACCACCACGACCCCAUGAAGAUGCCCCUCGACAAGGGCUCCGGCGACCUCCUCAAAGUGAACAAGGUCCCGACGUAAGGCGUCCCUUGCUAGCAAAUCCUGACUGAUUCUGUAUCAUAAUAGUGUGAAUACAUGAAUGCGAGUGCGUCUUAAGGACGGCGGACUACGUUAGUCGUUUCGUAUCCACUAGUUUUUAUGUUUUGCGGCUGAUUAAGUCGCCUCGUUGUGGAGGCGUGUGACUCUGUAUAUGUUCCUUUAGUGCGGAGGCGGCCGCGGGCCCCGGGGCCCCGGGCGGCGCGUCGUGGACAGGCUGGUGAUGUGCUUUAAGCAUUUAUUUUGUUGCCAUAACCACACAUUGUAUUGCAAUAAUAUUUUACUAAAUUAACAAAAUCGCUCUAAGGUUUACACGGAGCCAGGGCGAUGAUCGGUAUUGUUAGUUAAGAUUUUAAAUCUGUGAAUCUCAUAGUAUUUAUUGCUACCACUUACUAUAAUCCAUUAUGUUAUAUUUUUUUAUUAAUAGAUAUAUUCUGUACAUUUUGAUGUAUAUUUUAUUAUUUGUCCGCUCUCAGUGGACUGUUAUGUUUUGUCGGUCACAUUUUUUUUAAUAAUUGUAAUAUUUGUUAUAUUUAUCAAUUGAUUUCAAAAGGGUUGUCCUUUUAGUUUUUGUCCAGUUGUGAUUCACACCAGUAGUUAGGAUCAUAAAUUGUUGUUUAUUUGACUUUAUGUUUAUAGGUAUAUAGUGCUACAACUGCUGCUUGGUCAUACCUAUUGCCUAUAUUGUUUACAAUAGUACAUAUAUCUUCACUCUUUAUUGUAUAUACCUUCAUUAUUAAUUCCAUGAGAAGGUAAAAUAAAUAUUUAGUAACAAAAUACGUAUCGAAGUACAAUUGCAAAUAGGUCUUCGUCAUUAGUUGAUACUAACGUUAUGUGUUUGUGUUUUGUCUUCGGACCUGAUAUUGAUUCGAAUUAGGCUGUAUUUUUUGAUAAAUAUAGUCGAAAAAUUCCUUGUCCAUAUACUCAAAAUAAAGGUAAACCAAAUUAACGAACAAAUAAAAAUGACUUUCAAAGUGUUGUCCACAAUCAGGAAUUAUCUGAUGUUCAAAAUUAUAUACGUAACGAUGAAGCAUAUAAUAAAUAGGUAACAAUAAUGUGACUAAAUAUAAAAUUUUACACGUAAUUUUAAAAGUGGAGUAGAAUAAGUGUAUAAUACAUAGAUAAAUAAUAGGUCCGACUUUGUAUGAAUUAUUGAUAAACCUGUAUCUAGAGUAAUAUCUACACGCGCUAUUUAACAUUAUCCGACAACAGUAUUUUUACUUAUUUCAAAAAAAAAUAUUUACCUAGCAAACACAAAAAGAAGCUCACAAUUCCAUUAAUUAACCAUCUUUUAAAACCGCUUGUAUUUCACUUUUAAUUUACAAUUUCGUAUUGUGCCAAAAUAUAUUUAAAAUAAUUUAUAGCUAUUCUCACCACUCCCUUCUCACUUGCUUUUAUUUUUGCGAAACCUCAUGUAUCAAAAUAUCUGUAAACUUCAAUACGUAAUCCGAACAAAAUUAGAUUAAAAAUUUAGUGUUGAUAGUCACCAUAUACGUAAAUUAAAUGUCAGGGUAGAAUAAAAAGAAAAAUAGUGAAUAAAUAACUGUAUGGAUUUGAAUUCUUCGCUUAUCAAAAUUUUUGAUAGAUCAUCUCGCAAUAUCUGUCCACUUGUAUUAUUGGGGAAGUUGUAUAUCUGUAGCUAUAGCAGUUACAGAUUACGAGUAUAUGUCGUGAUAUCAUUAGCACAAGAUAAGUCGUCGGUAAGUAGGUGUAAGUUCUGCGACACGGGAGAGACGCAUAUUUAGCUUAUCUGUUAAGUUAUCGGUCAAAUUAGAAAACAUUUCUACUCAACCUACCUGAAAUAAAUUCUCAAAAUUGUUAUUUUUCUAACAUGAUUCUUUAAAAGGAGAUUUUUCAUGCAGCGACGCGAUAUACGUGGUUGCAUGGAGUCCAUUUUAGCGUUUAUUCCCUACAAAGUAUUAAGUGAAAUAUUAAUUAUACGACAUCUUAAAUUGUAAAACAUAUUAUUUUAAGCGAACAAAAAUCAAAGUUGGUGUAUUAUUUAUUUUGUCCACGGUGUGACAGAAAAAUACGAACUAUAAGGAUUCAGUUGGAUUACCACCCCUUAAUAUAAGUACAUUUCAAAGGUUAUUCCAAUAGUUUCUUGUAGACUGGAACAAAGUAACCGUGCGGAGGUCAGUCAUUAACAUAGCUAUUGUAAAAUAUUUGAUUAUAUUUUUAGAUUGCAUUAAAUGCGUUGAUGUCAUCAGGCUGAUAAAGGAGGCCAAUUUUAACGAAACGCCAUAAAGAUUGACAUUUUACAAGGAUCGUUGUCUUUUCGUUAAAAAGUUUUCUUAGAAUCAACCUGUGGACCUUCGUGCAAUAAUUACAAAUAUCCUUUAACCGUAAAUAACCCAUAGUCUUCGUAUAA